AUGUUUACCUCGGCGAAAUCGGCCUCGAUAGUCAGCAUCUCAACCCUUCUCCUCAUUCAUUCCUGUUAUUCGGCAUAUGAACACUCUCUCAUAUCGAUAGGCGCGAAAAAUAGCCUUCCUCUGGAUGUGACGAUCGAAACUUUAGUCUCGGUCUUCCUGCUUUGCGUCGGCAUAGUCCUGAAUAACAGCCAGGAGCUCAAGCCGAUAUCGUGGUCGGUCUGGAGUGGACAGUUGGAGCGGGAAAGAGGAAGCGGGCCAUAUGGGUACCUGGAAGAGCGAUUGGGUUUCUUGGACAUUCGAACCAAGCGGGCAGAGUUUGCAAAGUGGGCGGAGAGUAAUGAAUAG